GAAGGAGAUCCGGAUGCUGGUCGCCGAUCAUCCACAAAACGGGGAAAACAAAGGUGUUCCAGAAACCGAGGGCUAUGUAGGCGAUGCCUUCAGCUUCGGCGCCGGAAAAGAAGGGGAAGUAGAAAGAGAUGAUCAGAAAGAGGGACCCACAAACUCCGGCGGCGAGCUCCACGGGAAAGUCGCCGGAGGAGCACCGGACGGCGGGAACUCAAAACUAAUGCCGCCGGCGAGCGUGAUGACCCGUCUUAUCCUGAUCAUGGUGUGGCGGAAGCUAAUCAGAAACCCCAACACCUAUUCCAGCCUCAUCGGCCUAAUCUGGUCGCUCAUUUCUUUCCGAUGGCAUGUGGCUAUGCCGAAAAUAAUAGAGAAAUCAAUCUCCAUACUCUCUGAUGCAGGGCUCGGAAUGGCUAUGUUUAGCUUAGGUAUAUUUAUGGGACUACAACCAAAGAUGAUUGCAUGUGGGAACUCUGUUGCUGCUUUUGCCAUGGCCGUCAGAUUCCUAACUGGGCCAGCUGUCAUGGCAGUCGCUUCAAUCGCUAUCGGCUUACGCGGUAACCUCCUCCGCAUCGCCAUUGUACAGGCGGCGUUGCCCCAAGGAAUUGUACCGUUCGUGUUUGCAAAAGAGUACAAUGUCCAUCCAGCAAUUCUGAGCACUGGGGUUAUCUUUGGGAUGCUGAUAGCUUUGCCCAUUACUUUGCUCUACUAUGUUCUACUGGGUCUGUAAAUCUUUCCAGUUUCAAUGGAGAUUCCUUCAUAUUUCUUUAAGGACUUCGAGAAGACGAUGACGAAGAUCGUCAUAGGUUAUAUAUAAGAAUUUGACAAAAGUUGAGAGAGAGAAGCCCCAGAUGUUGGAAGGAAUUACAAAGAGAGGAAAAAUGGGGGCUCGAUCGUCCAGUUAAAAGGGACAUAAAAGAAAGAAAGAAAAAGAAAAACCGAGCGAGGAAAAGGAAAUCUUCGUUGGCGUUUGGGUGUAAAUUUCUGACUCGAGUGGGAGACCAAUAGGAAUUAAAGAGGUUUCUUAAUUAGGUUUUAAUGGAAAAAAAAAAAGAAAAAACAAAACAUCAAUUAUUCUUAAUAUUGAUUUUUGUUUGGAUUUAGAAAUUUAGCAAUUAUAUUGCAGUUUGUCGUCUUCUCUCUUUUUUGGGUUUGUAAUUGUAAUUUCCAUUAUAUUAGGCUGCUGAUAAUGUUUCCAUUUUGUCACAUUCCCUUUGUAAUUUAUACAAAGAAUUUGAAGUAUUUAUUCAAUUUCAGGAUCAGCUGAUUAUACCCA